AGUUCAACUCCCAGUCAUCCAGUCAAUGAAAACCCUUUUUAUAAAAGACAGAUUUUGUUGAUGGAGGCAGCCAUACACCAAUAGUAACAGCCCUUAGCAUAGAUGAUACAAACAUUGGGCAAUUAGUAUAUAUGGCUUUCAGCCAAGAAAACAAAACUUGUCAGCACAAUUACAUCCUCAGUUAUAGUCUGCAAGGUAUUUUUUGUUGUAAGGUUUGCUAAGCUGAUAAGUAUUUGGUAGUUUAUAUUCGAUUGUGCAUGUGCCUGUGCCCGUAGCUGUGAAGUUUAUGUACCGCCGGGAUUUAAUAGUUAUCAUACAAAUUAUCUUUCAUUUACACGCGUAUAUGUGUGUUAUGUCUAUGUGGGAAGCCGCCAUUUAGUAGGUUCGCACUGGCGAUUCGUCUUUACGCAGAUUACAAAGGAAAUUGGGAAGGUGAACUGAAGUGAACACAACAGAUUUUUGUUCUUACAUGGGAAGCACUGUAUUCAUCCAGUGCAGAGAUACAGACAUAAAUAAAUUACAUACAUUGUGGUGCUUGUCAAGAAGUGAAUUCGUUCAGUUAAGAAAAUUUAAUUUUUGUCUAGAUGGAAUAGAAAUAGUGUCAGAGGUGUUCAGUAUAAUAAGUAGGAAUUAGAAGGUGCAUGGAAUAACAGGAUGAGAUAUCAAGUAAAAGUGUAAGAUAAAAGAUGGUAAAGUAAAUCUUUAUUGCAUGUAGCUAUUUAUCACAGCCUUGACAGAUCUAGUAUUUGAAAGUAAAAUAGGAAGGAUGUUGGAAGAAUGUACAGAAGAGCUGAAGAUUGGGCAUAUUUGUAAGAAGAAUAGAAAGAGAAAAAAAGCAUCUGUGGAAGAUUGGAAUACAGAAUCAGUUCUGCCGAAAAGUCGUGUCAAUUAUGAAGAUGAAACUAUGGAGAAAGGAGAAACCAUUUUAUCAAGUGUAAAUAUUAAUGGUUUGCAGGAGCCUUGCGAUAGAGACUUCAUUCCUGGAAAGCAUAAAAAGAAGAAGCGUGGACACACAAGGGAUCAGAAUAGUUCAGAGUUUCACAAUACAAAAGAAAGUGAAAAUGUGACUAUGUCAGAGUGUUGUGAAGAUUUGGAGAGGACAGAGGAAGGCUUUGAGAAAUUGCCAUCACAUGAACAAGGAGAUGAAGCUGAAGAAACGUAUAGAGCCGUGUUAGCUGAAGCAGAUUUUGAUCCAGAAUUAUCAUAUGUACUAAGAAAGAAAUUAACGGAUACGGAGAUAGUGGUACCAGUAGAUGUUCCGGCAUCCCACUGUGUUGAAACGCGUUUGACACACGUACCCACAGAAGGACAAAGGGAGCUGCUUGCUAAUCUUGGUGUGCAGUUAAAGUCAAAGAAAUUUACUCCUGUUGAAGAUUCUGUCAUUUGCGAAAACUGGGAACGUUUUAGCCGGGAGUAUGGUUUUGAAGAUACAGCACCAUUUAUGCUGCUUGGACAAAAAUUUUUCCCCAUGAAGUAUUCUGAACGAAAACAUUUUGUUCAGUAUUUGGGAAGUGGCCUCCCACAUCGAACACUGUACAGCAUAUAUGCAAGAUUUCGGACUUUAUACAGGCCUCACGUGAAAGGAAAGUUCACUGAAGCAGAAAAUUAUCUUAUUAUGCGCCAUUUGUCAAAAGGAGAUGAUAAAAAUGCAUUUUCAACUCUGGCAAACCUUCUCAACAGGGACAGACUCUCUGUUUAUAAGAGAUACAAGUGGCUUCAACAAGAGCAAUCAGGACAAGGACGUAUUACUUGGAAUUUGCAGAAGGUGGAAAUGGUAAUAAAGAGCCUUUUGAAGGUUACCGGUUUAAAAGAUGUGAACGAUCUGUACCAUAAACAUAUUACUUCAAUGGAUUGGAGAAAAGUUGAAAAAGAUUGUGGAAUUAACGCAGAAUAUGUAAGAGACAUUUGGAGGAAUAAACUGUCCACACAGUUGUUUUGCCCAGAGCCAAUAUACUUACAGGAAAUUAGAAUUAAACUAAUAAUGAGACUGUAUAUGGACCGUGUGAAGUGGUGGCAAGAUAUAAGUUGGGCUGAUAUUGCAAAAGAUUUUGGUGUUGGUCCAAUGUUCUUGUGGGGAAUAUUUCGAAAACUGCUUAAGAAAUGCUAUCCAUAUAAGGAUUGGGAUUACUUCAGGACUCAUUUCAGGGCUACUAUAAAAGACUUGAAAAAGCGGCACAUACCACUCUUAGAAAACGACGCUAAAUGCUACCGCCUUCAGAGGUUGAGAAUGGGGCAAGAUGGAAAGUUGUUCGUUCUUGAAGAAGAUAAUUAUUUGGUAUAGACAUUUUGGAAAUUUGUACCACAAAUUAUUUUUUCUAUUAACAAAACAUAUCUGUAUUUAUAUUUUAUUACCCAUGUCUCUUAUGAUACACUACUAGAAAGCACUAGCAGACAAAUGAGGGAUGAGUAGAAAUUGUUUGGAGGCAGCAGGCUUGUCACCUGUUACCUUGCCUUGCCUUGGGCGACUGUCCGGAACGGGCCAAGGGCCCAAUCCUUGAUAGAUGACGAUAUUUGUAUUUUUAACCCAGUGGAUUUUGUUUGUUUAAGAUUGUCCUCUUUUGUCAGUUUUGGUUUAAGUCACAUGGGCAGGACUACAACUGCGGGCAACACUUAUCGCUGAAAACCGUAUUCAUUCUGCAGAAAGGUUUAUUCAUCUCAGACACUCCAGUGUUAAAAUUGAAUUAGGUAGAGGGUUAUCAGAUAUUUUUAUUGUCAAAUUAAAUGUGAAUCACAUGAUAGCAGGUUAAUAAAGUUUACUGACUUUGAUCCACACCAAUGAAACAAGAAGUUGUGGGAAAAACUUACAAUGCCAUGUUUGUAAUUCGUAAGAUAAAAAUAAAUACAGAUUUAUGUA